GCCCUUCAUGCUCCUGACACGUAGCCUCUGAAUCUUGAACUUCAACAAACAUCAACUUGCUAACCUUCAUAAACCAGUGAUCACGUAUUUCAGUUCUUUUCUUUGUUUGUUCCUGGAGUUGUUAUAUUCCCAAAAUACCAAAUUGCAUAUCAUAAUCUUUUAUUGAAUGAACCCUUCGCUUCCAAUCUGGACGCAUUUUCACUUCUACAAAGUGGUUCACUAAAUCUUCUAACUGUUUUUUGAAAAUUCCCGCCCAUUUCAUUCUGCAAAUUUUCAAAUUCAAAUCAUCGACAAGUCCAGCUUUUAUGGCCUUUCCUGUACUGCGUAAAACAUCGCAUCCGCAUUCCAAUUGGAGCAGUUUCCCAGCCUGCCCAGCCGUCCACGGCGAAUUCAACUCGCCGUCAUCGCUUCGAAUCUGUCGAACGAAUUUCAAUAUUUUUGUGUUGCCACAACACAAAACACUGCGCGACGUUUUUUUGCGUUUCUUGCCUUUGACAUCGGCGAAGUGGAAAAUAAAUUGCAAUUUGGUGUCCGCGGACGGUGGAAAACGGGAAAACGUCGCUCGCUCGAGAAAAACUGUGAAUUACGCGAGACGGAGUGAUCGACGGUGCGCCCGGGUGACCGCGUUGUGUUGUCGCCGUGAACUAUGAACUCGGAAAAUCGGAGAAUUUGAGUGUUUUCCUCGGGGAGUGUGUGUGAAAGUUGCGUUCAAUAAAGUUUUCAGUGGCCGAGAAAUUGUCAGCAAGAUGGCGGAUCUGGAAGCAGUUUUGGCCGACGUGAGCUACUUGAUGGCCAUGGAGAAGUCGAAAUGCACCCCGGCGGCGCGGGCCAGCAAGAAGAUCAUCUUACCGGAUCCCAGUGUUCGUAGUGUUAUGUACAAGUAUCUGGAAAAAGAAAAUGACAUCAGUUUUCAUAAAAUAUUCAAUCAAGUAUUAGGUUAUCUACUAUUUAAGGAUUUCUGUGAGAAUGUCUCGGAAGAACCUGUUCCACAAUUAAAGUUUUACGAAGAGAUCAAAAACUUUGAAAAGACGGAAUGUUCCGAAGAACGAAUGAAAUUAGCACGUGAAAUAUAUGACAAUUUUAUUAUGAAAGAAAUGCUUUCUCACACUCAUGAAUAUUCCAAAGAAGCCGUUGCCAAUGUACAAAAAUACUUAAUGAAAAAUCAGGUGCCCAUUAAUUUAUUUGAGCCAUAUAUCGAAGAGAUUUUCAACCACUUAAAAGGCAAACCAUUUCAGAAAUUUUUAGAAAGUGAUAAAUUUACAAGAUUUUGUCAGUGGAAAAAUCUAGAACUGAAUAUACAACUGACAAUGAACGAUUUUAGUGUACAUAGAAUAAUAGGACGUGGCGGUUUUGGUGAAGUGUACGGUUGUCGUAAAGCAGACACUGGGAAAAUGUAUGCCAUGAAAUGUUUAGACAAAAAGCGUAUUAAAAUGAAACAAGGCGAAACGCUGGCCCUAAACGAGCGGACUAUGUUAUCCUUAGUUAGCACUGGAGUCGACUGCCCUUUUAUAGUUUGUAUGACAUAUGCAUUUCAUACUCCAGAUAAAUUGUGUUUUAUUCUCGACUUGAUGAACGGAGGAGACUUACACUAUCAUUUAUCACAACAUGGUGUUUUUACAGAGUCUGAGAUGAAAUUUUACGCCGCCGAAGUUAUCCUAGGUUUGGAACAUAUGCAUAAGCGUUUUAUAGUUUAUAGAGACUUGAAGCCUGCUAAUAUAUUAUUGGAUGAAAAUGGUCAUGUUAGAAUAUCAGAUUUAGGACUUGCCUGUGAUUAUUCAAAGAAAAAACCACAUGCAUCCGUGGGUACACAUGGUUAUAUGGCACCCGAAGUAUUAUCAAAAGGCACGCCAUAUGAUUCCAGUGCAGAUUGGUUUAGUUUUGGUUGUAUGUUGUAUAAACUUUUGAAAGGACAUUCACCGUUUAGACAACAUAAAACAAAGGAUAAACACGAAAUCGAUAGAAUGACAUUGACAAUGUCCACUCUAAUUUCAAUUCAGAAUGUUGAACUGCCGGAUUCGUUCAGUGAAGAGUUGAAGGAUUUACUAGAGUCAUUAUUACAACGUGAUGUUGAUAAACGAUUGGGUUGCAGAGGACGAGGAGCUGAAGAAGUGAAGGAUCAUCGGUUUUUCACUGGAAUCGAUUGGCAUCAAGUCUACAUCCAAAAAUACACACCACCGUUAAUCCCACCUAGAGGCGAAGUCAAUGCAGCCGAUGCAUUCGAUAUUGGCUCAUUCGACGAAGAAGAUACCAAAGGCAUUAAGUUAACUGAAGCAGAUCAAGAACUGUAUAAAUAUUUCGCUCUAACAAUAUCUGAAAGAUGGCAACAAGAAGUCGCCGAGACUGUGUUCGAAACAGUUAACUUAGAAACAGAUAAAAUUGAACAAAAGAAAAAAUCAAAGCAAAAGCAACGUUUCGAUGCGGACGAGAAAGAAUCAGAUUGUAUUCUACAUGGAUAUAUUAAGAAAUUAGGUGGUGCCUUUGCAUCAGUUUGGCAAACACGUUACGCCAAACUUUAUCCAAAUCGACUGGAAUUACACACAGAAAGUGGAAAUACAAAACCAGAAUUAAUAUUUAUGGACCAAAUAGAGGAGGUAUCCCCCGAUUACGUGCAAUAUAAAAACGAACAGUGCAUUCAGAUAAGACACAAAGAUGGUAUCCGGGAUGCACGAAUAGUUUUAACGAAUCCAGAUGAAAUUGGACUGAAAGAAUGGUCACUUUCACUUCGUUCAGCUCAUAAAGUCUCUCAGGAACUGUUAGGCUCAAUGGCUAAGAAAGCCGGGAAAAUUUAUGGUACGGAACGCGAUGCGUCCAAAACACCUCUAAUUACGGGAGCAAAUAUUCCGACAAAAACAACGAAUGGAUCCAACUAGCGGUUACUUUUACGAUCUCGGUCUUGUUUCAUCGAGCCGAAUCGUUUAAAGGAAUCUAUUGACAAAUUCAAAUGCAAAGAUACGUAGAGUGUUUUAUCUAAACAAAUAAGAGAUAAUCAAUCAUAAUUAUAACGAUGAUAGCAAAAGAGUAGCGAACAUGAACAUUCAACAUCAAAUGUAGAAACAAAAAUUAUGGUUAGACUAAGUCAAAUGUGGAUUCGUGAAAGUAGAACGGAAACAAGAGUAGCAGCAACAACCAGCAAGUCUAAAAACAAUCUUGAUAAAAAAGGUAAAUAAUUAGAGAAUAUAAAUAUUUAAUAUAUAUUGUAGUAAGCAAACACAACAAAUCGAAAUCAAGUCAACACAAGUGUGAAAAGUAAGAAUUUAAAGCAAACACAAAAGUAAUGAAUUUUUAGAUGAAAAAUAUGCUCGAUAUCUAUAUAGAAAACAAUCGAAGGUUUUACUAUGUGCGUAGCAAUGAAGGAAACUUUUGAAUUAAGCAGAAAAAAAAAUUUAGUAAGAUACAUAACGUAGUGUAAUGUACCAGCAAAUCUUCGAUGUUUCGGUUUUAAGUGGCUUCUUUUGACGCUUUUCAUUGCAUUUCAGUUAAUUUAUUCAUGGAUUUUAUUGCAUGGCAUUUUCUUUCAUUAUUUUUGUCUGAUUUUUACGUAAUUUCAAAAGAAAAAUUCAAUUAACCUCGCAUAACAUAAAAUUCAGCAGUACAAAUCGAAAGAUAAUAUUAUUUUUAUAUUUCCGUUGGAUAUUGUUUCGUUUUGACAUGGCAAUAGUUCUAAAUCUUCGCUCCACUUGUUUUCCAAUAGUUAAUACACCAAACGAAUUUUUUCACGAUAUACAAUUUUACUGGGAUUUAAAAUGCAUUUAUGAGACCAUCCUAGUCCUAAAACAGUUUAAUAGAAGCAAUUUGAGGAGUAUUCACUCAAUAUGUUGGAAUUUGUGAUUUUUAAAACUUCCAAUUGGCCGGAUCCAGAAUUCUGGUCUGACGGUGAAGCUUUAUUCUCCGUUGGAGCUUAUGGGCUGUAAUUAAGCUAAUGCUCUGUAUUAUUUGACUAAUUCGAUUCUAUGUUUCCUACAAAUGACAUAUCGUUACAUAUUUUCUUUCUUUCAAAUCGCAAACUUCACCCCCAUUUCAUUCUCUAAAUUAGUUGACCACCGAUUAUAAGAUUAUUACCUUUUCUCAAGCGAAAUUUUUAAUAACGCCUUAAUGUAAAUGAUGGCUUCAAGUGCAUGUACAACUCUUCAUUGUUGAAUAUUUUCUCGGAAAUUUCGUUCAAUACGUACUACUGUUUCCGGAUAAAUUACGUGUGAUCGACCGCCAAACAGGGAGGGAACAGACAAGCA